UUUUCCGUUAAUAACCUAUUAUACCUAAUUCAAGGGUGUUAGGUUAUCCCAGAGUGUAUGGUAAGGUGUCACUAGGCUAAUUAGGCUCGUUGUAGUGCCAGGUAGGAUGUUCAGUAGGGUAAACGACUGAAUGGUGACAUAGCGGCCACCUCUCUCGGACGGCGGCCACCUUCCCGGAAAAGUACUUUAACCCGUUCAGUGACCCAGGAUAAACAUCAGUCAAGAACUAACGUCCUUCAAAACAACACCUUGAGACCUUUACUUUCCACUCGAACAGUUGUGGUGAGUGCAUGCCUUUCCUGCUGUUGCCAAAAUGCCACGAGGCCCACAGUCGUCCCCCACCCAGGACCUUGAAGCACGGUUCUCCGUCUUUCUCAAUCCAAUUCGUGACCUGACCAAAAACUGGGAAGUGGACAUAGCCAAAUAUCUUGAAGAAUACUUGGAAGAGUUAGCAGAGGUUCAAAUUACCUUUGAUGGAGGGGAAACCAUGAUGAAUUUUGCUGAAGCAGCCAUGCUUAUUCAGGGUUCAGCCACAGUGUAUAGUAAAAAGGUGGAAUUCUUGUGGCAAAUGGUUCUCCAAAUGCUGGAUCUCUUAUCCAGUAGACGUUCUGUAGAGGCAUCUGAAAGUGCUCCUGGGGCAAAGGAAGGUGGUGGAGGAAGGGCAAACUUGGAUUCUACACGGGAUUUUAUUUCUGUUGAUGAAAUUACUGAAGGAAGAAAUAUUGAUAUGAAAGAUGAUGAUGACGACGAGGAAGAAGAGGAUAGUCGAAAAAAAGGUUUUAAGUUUUUACCAGCUACACCUCUCCAUUUAGUAGAAAAAGAAGGAGAGAAAUCCCAACAUCGUAUAAAUCUUUUUAUGAAGAACAAUGAAAUGUUUGGUGCCAAAGAUGACUUCAGAAUUAAUCGCUCAUAUAUGACUUUAAAGGGAAUGUUGUGCUUAGAACUUCCAUCAGAACUCUUACAGGACAAUGCCAAUCUGCUAGCAAAUAUUUUAGAGGAGGAAUCUGAAGAUGAUGGUGAUUUACCUGAUGCUCCUGUAGAUGAUGCACCACCAUCACCAAUGGAAUGUGCAGAACCUGAGACUGCACCUCAAGAAGAGAGCCCUGAGGCAGCUAAUGAAAAUGAAGAGGCAGAUAAAUCGCCAGAUAUGGCUGAGCCUCAGAAUGAGAACCCACAGCCAAUGGAAAUAGGUGGUGAAGAAAAGGGUAACAAGGAUAACGAAGAGAAAGAAAACAACAAUAUUGAUGUAAUUGAUCUUCCAAAUGGACGUUAUAGAUUAAGAAAAAGAGGAGAGAAAGAGGCUGUAGUUACAUUGAAAUUGAGUGAGCCCUGGAAACCAAUAGAUCCACAUGCGGAGGCGCCAGCGAAACGCCCUAUAAGAGCAGGACGUCUCCGUAAACCUUUACCAUGUAAUUGUCACCAGAGGGAACAAAAAACAUCAAGAUCUCGUCGAAAGAAUAAAAUCAAUGAAGUGGAGACAGAUAACAAGCAAACUGAAAAAACUUUACCAUCUGUUGAGUCAUAUAUAACGAAAGGUUUAGCCAACAUAAUUGAUACCAACAACAAAAAUGUACCAUCUGAGCUUAGUGAAGAGGCCAGUAAAGAAUUGUCCAAAAGACUGCACCUUUCUAAACAAAAGAAAGUAAAAGAGCUGUUAAAAGAUGGAAUUGCUCAAGAUGCUGAGGAAGCGAUACAUAGAGUGAAUGAAGAGACUCAUUUGCAACAAAGGUUAGAUGAGCAAUUGGAGGACCUGCCAUUUGAUGAUGCAGCAGUUGACUUAGAUGAUGAUGAUGUACCCCAGCCUCCUUUGAUGUUCCCCAAUCCUCAUGACACAACGAAUGAUCCAAAUCCUUUAGAAACCAACAAAAGACUAACUGAUAGCCAGUUUGAUGAACCAGGGAGUGAAUAUGAGGCAUUAGUACAGAAGUGGGUUUCAGAAUAUAUUACUAAUGCUCAGGAUCAUGUUAAUUCAUCAGAUUUAACAAAAAGAGUAAAUAAAUGGAGAGAGGCUAUUUUACCAAAAUUGGAAGAUGAAGAACGGAGACGAGAGUUUGAUAUCCACAGUUAUGGAUCUCAGGUCCUAGGUUUUUUUCCAGAAAAUGGAAGAAAACAAACAAUUCCUUUUCAAAGUGUGGCCAAAAAUCAAGAGGCACCAGAAGUUUCUAGACUUUUCCUUUCAUGCCUUAUGCUUGCAAAUACUUAUAACGUUCAGUUAAACGAUAGCAUACCUGGUGACUUUGCCAUGGACUGCUUAGAGCUAACUCUACUGUCUCGUGUCAGACAUCAUGAAGAACUCGAGGAAUAUGCAGCACCUUCACAGUCUUCCCCUACAAAGCGAAAGGGCCGUGUCAAAAAUGCUUCUCACAAGAAUGCAUUGCUGGAUGAACCUGUGAUUACUUCUAAUGAAUCUCCAAACAUCUGUGCAGAUAUUACUCAUAUUACUAUAGCUGAUAAUAUUCAAGUUGAUAAUUGUGAUAAUGCUAAAAAGGGCAGAUUUAAGAAAAGAUGACUUGUAUAAAUUUUUUAUAUAUUUGUAUUAUAGUACAUAGUGAGGUAUAGUGCCUUAUUUUGUCAUGCCAAAUUUUAUAUUUCUUUCUGCAAGUACUAUUGAUUGCAGAGUUUUGGUGGAAAAUCUUCAAAAGACUUGAAAUCUUACCCCCUUUUAGCAUUCAUACAAAUAUUUUUAAAUGAGUUGGUAAGCCCAAAGGGCAGUAAAUUUUAUAUACUCCAUCUGCAACGGUAUUCAGUUUAAGAAGGAAAAUAAAUGGGUUUCUACUUCUUAUAUAGCAUUUAAAAGUUUUUGGGUGAAAGUAUAGUUAUUAGCAGUCCUGGGACUUAUUACAUACAUUUUUUAACAUAUUGUUUGGAUGUGUUUCAAAUUGCUCUCCUUUUAGAUUUGGUAUCAUGCUUGUAAUUUGUGAAGCUCACUUCAUGUUGUGUUUGGUGAUUGCACAUGAAUCUGCUAGUACAUUUAUUUAUAUAAUUUUUAUUGUGCAUUAGCUUUUGGGAUUUUAUGAUUCACCAUCUAACAUGUGUUUGACUGUUUUCAUUGCAUAUCAUUAAUUUUUGUGUCAUUUCAGUCCUGGUUAUUACAUUUCAGGAAAUAUUUUUGCACUUUUUCUUAUUCAAGUUAAAAAUAAUUUAUUAGUAACAAGAAAGUCACAUAUCCAUCCUUUGAUUGGGUAUAUAUUUUACUCAAACCAUUAAUAGCAUUUAUGGCAUUGAUUACCAUUCUUAAUUGUUUUGUCCUUUUUGUAAUCAUCAUUUGGUUGUUUAAAAGAUUUUACUUAUAUUGUAUAUGAUUGUUAUAUAUGGAUGUAUUUCUGGUAUUGCUAAAGAAUAAGUUAUUCAGGUAGUUGCAGAAAUACUCAUCCUUUAUUACAUUCUUUUUAGGUUUUCAUUUAGAAUUACAAAUAUGUAUAAGAUGAAGGAAGAAGUGGCAAAUUGUAGGGCACAUCCUUAAAUGCAAUCAAAAUGACAUUUUUAUGAUAAAAUAACAUUUUAUAUGUACAUACCAAAUAAUUACAUUGCUCACUGUUUCACUUGCCGGCAGCUUAAAACUUUUUAAUAUCGUGUUAGCGCUAGUGUUGGUGUAGUUACUAUCCCUGCCCACUUUCCGGAUAAGAGAGGAACAACUUCAGCAAGGAGUUCAAUUGUUUUUGUCCUUUUCCCAUUAGGGGUGGAGGGAGGGCUCUGAUUUGUAAUCAUUUGGUAAGUAUACUGUAUCAUAUAUAAAACUUUUAUCAUAAAAAUGUCAUUUUUAUAUAUGUAACUUGCCAAAUAAUUACAUUGCUGAACCCCUCAUUGACUCAAUGGUGGGAUAUAGCUAGUUUCUGCUCCAAACAUUAUUAAUGAUAAUGACUUAGACUACAGAAAAUAAUAGCAUUGAAACAAUGCUUGUUGUUCCUUACCUGAUAAGAGAGCUAUUACAGGUAGAUACUGGCUCUGAUCAGUACUCAUGUUUUCUAUAUAGGGUGUGGCUAGUUAGCCAGAUUCGCCUGUACAACAGUGUGGCUUUGUGGCAAGGAUGAACCUGGUGACUACAAAGCAUACAAGUUGUCAGUUGCCCCUGCCCUGGGUGUAGACUGACUAAAUCCAGAGCAGAUAAAACAACACAAUUCACCUACACCGCAACAAUAUAAAGACACCACCCAAUCAUUAAAAAUAAGAUCGGAGGGCGCACCAAGCGCCCCCAGACUCCCUUGGAACUCAACACCUGAUAUCAAAGCCCUAAAGCACAACAAUUAUCGAAUAACACUUUUGCGUCUUUCAGAUAAUGGGUAGUCAUACACCAAUCUACACUUACAAUAUUAAGAAAUGGAUAAAUUAUGUUUGAAGGACAACAACGUGACAGCAGUUCUGGUUUCAUGAACUUUAGCUCUUACUCAAAUUAAGUCCUCCUCUCCAACUUGCACAUAGGCUUCACUGAUCAGAUCUUUAGAAAAAAUGCUAGUCCAUUCUUAGACAAGGGUUCUUGACUAAGCAUCAGAGAAGAUUCAAGGGACCUCAAAUCUUUUUUGUGUCCAAAUAAUAUCUUGUGCUCUCACUGGGCACAGAGUCCUCCCCUCUUCCUCUGCACCUAAUAUUUCCAUCAAACUUUUGAAAAUAAAUGAAUGAGGCCAGUGCUUGGUAGGGUCUUCAUUUUUGGCUAAAAAGCCUAGGGUAAAAGAAUAUAUGGCACCACCUUAAGCAAAACUCACUUUUGUCAAUGGCAUGCAACUCAUUCACUCACUUUUGGCUGUGGCCAAGGCCACCAGGAAAAAGGGUUUUUCUGGUAAGAUCUUUCAAGGAGGUGGAGGGAAGGGGUACGAACCGGGGUCCCGGGAGCCAUUUAAGUACCACAUCUAAAUUCCUAGGGACUGUCUGUGAUCCCUUGGACUUAGUGAUGUCAAAAGAUUUUCUGAGGUCCGAUAGGUCUUGGUUAGCUGAAAGAUCCAAACCUCUGUGAUGGAACACUGAACUCAACAUUGCCCUGUAUUCUCUUAUUGUAUACAAUGAAAGGUUCCUAGUCCUUAAAUACAAAACGAAGUCCGCAACAUCCACUAUAGAUGCCGUAGAAGCCAAGACAUGUCUUCUACACCAAGUUUUAAAAAUUGCCUUUGUGUCAGAAGAGGUGCACCUGCACUUUGACAUUGCUUCCAAAGCAGCUCUUGAAAAUCCCUUCUUUCGGAGGAGUUUCCUGAGUCUAGAACCUGUCAGGGCUAGAGUGGACAAUUCUUGGUGGAAGUGGUUGAAAUGGGGCUGUUUGAGCAGACUUACUCUGUGCAUUCUGUGAUUAACAGCCUUGGAAAGUCUCAGUAACAAUAGGAGAGCUGGAAACCAUUCCUUUUGUGGCCAAAAUGAGGCCACUAAGAUCAUUUUGAUGUUUAAGUGACUCCUGAACUUGUUAAUCACCUCCUGUAUCAUGCUGAACGGUGAAAAGGCAUAGAAGUCCAUGUUUGACCAGUCCUGCAACAUGGCAUCCAUCACCCAAGCAAGAGGGUUUGGGACUGGUGAACAAAUAAUUUUUUGUUGUUGCAAACAGAUCUACAAGUGGUCUCCCCCACAGUUUCCAAAGAUCCUUACACACCUGAGGAUGAAGAGUCCAUUCUGUGGAGAGUACCUGCUUGCAACAGCUCAACCUUCUACAAGGACAUUGAGUCUGCCCUGGAUAAAUCUGGUUGCCAACUUCAUCUUGUUGUCCGGCCAUAAAAGAAGGGAUUUCGCUCCCUUGUAAAGUAAGAAUGAUUGUGUCCCUCCUUGUUUCUUUAUAUACGCCAGGGCUGUGGUGGUGUCUGAGUGUACCGUCACUACAUGGUAGUAGACUACCAAUGCAAAAUGCUUUAGACCCAGUCAAAUGGCUUUCAUUUCUUUUAGAUUGAUUUGCCAGUGUUUGUUCUUUGGACCACUGAUCUGAAACUUCUUGAUUUCCCAAAAGGGUGCUCUAACUUAGGUUGGAUGUGUCUGCAUAAAAGACUAGGUUGGCUUGCAGGUAAAAUUGAAGAUUUCUCAUAUGAAGUCUCCUUAGAUGAACAAACUGUUCCAUCGAAGCUAAGGUUCCGAGAAGGCUCAGCCACUGAUUCGCUGUGCAGGUUUGACACGCACAAAAUUCGUUGAUUUUCUUUAGGCAAGAUUGAAUUCUCUUGGGGGAUGGAGAACCUGGAAACUCUGUGUGUCUAUCAUCAUCCCCAAAUAGAGAAUUGUCUGAGACGGAACCAACUGGGACCUUAGAAAGUUGACAAGAAUGCCCAGUUCUUGUACUAGAUGAAUCAUCUUCGUAAUGUCCUCCAUGCACCUCUUCUCUGACUGCGAUUGAAGUAACCAGUCGUAUAAGAAGGGGGAUAUGUUUAUCCCCAUCAGUUAACCAUUUGGCAAGCAGAGCAAGGACUAGUGUAAGUAUUUGUGGAGCGGUUGAAAGGCCAAAACAUAAUGCUUAAAAUUGGUGUACUCUUCCCUGAAACACAAAGCGUAGGUAUUUCCUGACUUCUGAUGAACAGGGAUGUGUAAGUAGGCAUGCUGCAUGUCUGUGGAUGCCAUCCAGUUGCCCCUCUGAAAUUUCUCCAUCCUGAACAUAGUCUUUUUUACAAAGAAAUUCAGGACGUUCUCAUCCAAAACCAGCCUCCAUCCCCCUGAUGCUUUAGGGACCACAAAUAGACGUUUGUAAAACCUGUCUGACUUGAUGUACUUUCCUUCCUCAUUGGCUCUCUUCUUGAGGAGUGAGGCUUCUUUGUUAGCCGGUGCCGAAAACCUCUUGGAGCCUACUGAGUAGAUGGUCUACACGAUGGGCGUGUUGGCCAACAGAGGUUUUCACAGAAGGGAAUGGAGUAACCCCACUCCUUCCAAAAAUGUAGAAACCUUGCUCCUGCAGGAGCAUGAAGGACACAAUCCGUACUUUCAGGCAGACAGCUUAGUUAACGACUUUUUAGAAGUUUGAGCUGACAAACGAAGGUUCAAUCGUGGUCUAGACUGGGCUCUGGUUCUGCUACCUCGAAAGGGCAAAGUUUGAAGGGGAGAAACAUUCCUGGUGCUUGCAGGAGUCGGAUCCCUAGGGGGUCUAGAAGGACGAGCAAGAAGAUCUUGAGUAAUCUUCUUUUGAAGCUCUGAAGAAACAUCACUCAUCGUCGAAGUAAAGGAGAAGUAUUGGUUGAGAGAAGAUAAAAGUGUGGACUUCUGUGAAGAAGAUAAACUCUUUGUCGUAAAUGAGCACCGAAGCUCUCAUUUCUUCAGGAUACCUAAAUCGUAGAGCAAUGCUAACAUUUGAGUCCCGUCCCUUAUGCUUUUAUCCUUACUUGAAAGGAUGUUUAGCCAAUCGGUCGCUAUGUUGUCCGGUAGGGAAUAGUUCUUGAUUUUUCAGGCCUGACCAAUCUAGGAAACUCAAAACCUCAAAAAUUCCUAUAAAGGUUUUUAAGAUGAUGAUCAAUCUCCAUAGGGGAGGACAUCACUGGCACUGUUGAAAGCUUACCUGUGUUAUGAGUCUAUGAGACCCAAGAAGUCUCCCCGAGAGAGGGAGCUUCCCUGGUUUUGUAAGCCGAAUACCUACACUGCACCAGACAAGAAGGGGAAUAGCUAAAUGAAGAUUUCCUCUCCUCUUUUCUCAGCUAGCCAACUAUCCAAUUUGCUGAGAGCCUUCCUCUCCAAAGGAGGAAGUACUAUUUUCAGUAGUUUGCUGUCUGAAGGCUCCUAUCAUGAAAACUGUAGAAUUGGAGAGGCAGGAGCUGCAGGACUGAGGAAUCCUGGGAAGUUGUGCAGCAGGUACUUCAAUAACGCCACAUAAGCAGCCAAAGGUGAGCCUUGAUCUAAAACUUCUUCCUCACCAUGGUCUUCUGAAGACAUGCAACAGCAACAAACUCCUAGGGUCCUGGUUAGAAGAGGGGCCUUUCUUGAGCAGAUUCAAAGUGUCAGAUAACUUAUGUUGUAUUGGGAACAGUGAAGGAUCCGUGGAAGACAAAGGAAUGGCUGGUGCCAAGCGUGUUGCGGAAUGCGUCAGACAAUCCAAAGGCAAAGUCCAUUCAUGUGGAACACUUGAUUGUAAAAGGGUGCUCGUAUACUGGCGAGUGCUGAAAAACUAGAGACUCGGGCGCCCCUGGGUGCUUGGGCGCUAUGGGCGCUCAGGGGUUAGUAGCAGCUCAGCUGCUUGUGGCGGCUCGGGCACCAUUAGAUGCUCUGGAGAGGAAGAGGAACAUUUUGAGGCUGAAGAAUGGCCUGGCUCUAGCAUAGGUCGUUCCAGUGAAAAACGUUUUGGGAGUCUCAAAAACUACUUGUAGGUUUCACUGGCUCCCUAAAUCUUUUUCAUGGCACUUAGGAAGAGAGCAGACUGUAGGAAUAGGCUUUUUCAUCACUAAAGCACUACUGGCACCUAUUCUCAGAGCCGGACGCCUCGGAACUUUAGGACAACCUGUACACUUUCCUCUGGGUGGCUUUCUAGUGGUCAUCCUUCGUCGUAACCUUGGAUGUUGCAGCAGGUCCAACUGUGGGGGCUACUGUCCAUGGACAGUCCUCACCAACCUCGCUAUGGCCUCUGGUAUGACUGCUCCCAGAUGCAGGGGAGUGCACCUGUGACUUAUGCCUAAGAGUGUCGGCAGGAAGAACAGUUGCCUCCACUUACACUUCACUAUCAAUACUUUUAUUCUCUUCCUUAUCCAUAAGGACACACACUGAACUUGCUAACUGAGUCACUGUAUCAACAAUCAAUACCAUAGCUUCAAAAUAAAUUACACACGAUUUUCGAUUCAAGGCUGACAAGGGGAUUGGGAUUGGAAGUAGGGGAGUAGGUUGAUUAAUUGAAGGAUGAAACAGGUGGCAAAGCGAGAGCAGGCAUAGAAAUACUGGGAUUAUCCACAGAAGACUUAGCGUAAUUAUCUGAAGUCUUAAAUUUUACUGUCUUUUCCUCCUCUAGCAGCUGCCUUCUGUUUCGUAUCCCUGUCAAACUUGGUUAAGAGAGAACCUAAAGCCUUCCAUUUCUUAGCAUCCUACUCUGCAAAUUCAUUUCAGGUCUUGUCAGUUAUUAUUCCUGUCCUUUACAUUCAGUGCAUGUGUCAAAAUCAUACUUCUCCUUUGUCAGUCUGGUAUUGCAACCUUUACUACAAUACCUUACACUAGCAGCACUAGUGUCAAACAUGGAAAUGAAAAAAUUUGUCUCGAAACAGUCAAAUCCAGGUAAUUAGUCAUAAUAAAGUAGAAUUAAUGUUCUCCAACAGAGAAUUAGACCAAAACAACAAAGCCAUAACUACAAUACUUCACCAAACAACCCCAAAGGAAAAGCCAACAAAAACCAAAAUCUAAGUUGAAUGCUCCACAACUGGACUUCAGUUGAGAGCCGGCAGAAAACAAUUGAACUCCUUGCUGAAGUUGUUCCUCUCUUAUCCUGAAAAUGGGCAAAGCUGUUCCUCUCUUAUCCUGAAAAUUGGCGAAGGUGUUUCUCUCUUAUCCUGAAAAUGGGCGAAGCUACGUAGUACCUACACCGACACUAGCGCUACUGCGAUUUUCAAAAUUUUUAAGCUGCCAGUGAGUAAAAUUGUGAGCAAUGUAAUUACUUGGUAAGUUACAUAUAUAAAAAUACUUUUAUCUAAUAUAGAUAUUUUUUACUUUGACCUAAGGUUUGAGAGUUUUCUGCCAGUUAUCUGUUUCUCCUAUUUGGAAGAUUCACAGAAGACUGUAUCUGUAAUUGCUGUCCCAAUUCAUUAUUUAUCUGCUGAAGGAUGCUUGAACUAUGCAUAAAAUGCUACCCUAGCAUCAUAGAUACCAAUAAAGUCUUCCCAAUAGCAUGUCAUCCAUUUUGCAUAUAUAAACCACACUAUUCACUUUUUCCCUAUGCGCUUUCAAAGCUGCUGCUUCUCUUCAUAUAUAGAAGAUUGAAGAAAACUGGUGUUUCUGUGUGUACUCUAGCCAUGAAUCUUUACAUUCUACUGUCACUUCAGAAAUGUCCAUGGGUCUUUUAUAUAUGCAGGCCUUUGGAAAUCUGUUCUAUCUCUGCAGAAAUAUAUUUGUCUGUACCUGAUAAAAUAUGGCAGAAUACUGUAGUCAUUAUUAUCUGCAAACUUCAAAGUAAACUUUAGGAAUCGGUUCCAGGCCAAAACCUGGUGAAAAUCCAUGCUAAUGGUUUUGAAAUUUGCACUAACCCCAUAAGAGUUAGAAUUUUUAUACUUUUAAUCUGAUUUUUGAGGCAUUUGAGUCACAACUUGUAGUAGCUUAAAUAUCCUCUGAUGGCAGAUGUCCUUGGACAGCAGUUUUUUUAGAACCUUUAAUUAGUUAAAUUUCCUUCUUUACAAAAGAAUAUAGAAAAAUUAAAUACGAAGUAUAGGAAAAUCAAAAUGCUAUUGAGAAAGACUUAGACUCAUUUAACAAUGAAUUAGAUGUUUGAUUAAAUAGUUAUAAGAGAUGAGUAUAUUUUUUUUAGAGUUUACAAAUUAUAGGCAGUGAACAGGACAUGGUAUUGUAGUGAAUGAAUUAUGGCAGCAGAGGUUUUUCAACUGAGCAGUUCACUAUAAGUACCUAUUGAAGUUUUUCCCAUUGCUGCUUGGUAUUUUACAUAUACUAUGCAAUAUACUUUGGGAAUAAAUCUGGGAAACACUGUGAUGAAAUCAUAAUCCAUCUUUAAGGAAUAUCCACCAGUUUAUAUAAUUGAACUAUAAAACUCCAUUUACGUGUCUGCACUUCUGGAAUGUUGUCUUCAAUUUUAUUAUUAAAUAAAUACUUCGUUAUAUUUUCACUUUGGAAGAGUGUUCUAAGUUACGCUUGUUUCUGUAAUAAUUUUACUGAUCACCUGCUAUAAUACUAUAAUUCAUGUGGAAUACUCUCACAGACACUGUCCAGUUUGUAUCAUCAAGUGUGAUCAACAUCCAAUGUUUACAUGGUCAAAUUUCCUGGGACGUCUUGCAUGUUGGUAACAGUGAAAUUCAGUUAAUAUGUAAGAGAAUCUAACUCUUGUGCAAACUAAAGUAAGAUUACACCACAGGAAGUCGUUUAACUGAUUUUCUCCUGUCCUGUGUUUGCUUUCAUUUCUCCUAUUUCAGUCUUUUCAUAAGUAUUUAUGUAGUAUAAUUCACCAUGUUAAUAUGAAGUAUACGUAAGGUGAAGUAGAAUGUUUUAAGCUUACUUUGUAUUUUGUAACAACUAGCUCAGAUUUUUCAUACAAAUUAUAUUAUACAUAAUGUUCAUAGUAAUUUCUUGAGUAAUAGUUGUUGAGGUGAAGAAAUAUAAACGACAGUUAGUACCUCAUUUGUCGAAUGUUUCUUAUUUUGAAUUUUCCAUUUUUCGAAAAAUUUUGUAUCACUUGUCGAACAAAUGCUCAUACGUACUUCGAACUGACUGAUUAUCUAGUUUAUACUUGUAUUCGACGGCCUACUGGGUCUUACAAGUUAAACGGUAUUAUUAUUAUUUAUUUAUUUUUAUUUUUUUUCAUUUACAAUGUAUAGUUUAAUGAUAACCAUAUUCGACAAAAUAAAUAAAAGUAUAAAGCAUUUAAUAUAAAAUUUAGCUUUCAAUAUAACAUUUAGCAUAAAAGUUGUAUGUGACGUCACACCCAGCUGACUUGAGACUGAAUGAGGGAGCAUUGAUAUGUUGAGUAGAGAGGAAGAGAGAGUUAAAAUAUUAUUAUAUGUAUGUAAAAGCAAUAACAGUUCACAUAAAAAAGGCAAUUUCCCAAUCAAUUUAACGUAAUGAUAAAAUAUGAAAUUAAUCAAAUGCAGUACAGAAAAAAAAAGUCUUAAUUGAGCCAGUAGUGUUUGGUGUGCCGAGUGAGACGGUCUAGUUGAACAAUAUUAACAAAAUAUUAAUGAAAGAACUAAGCUUUUCACAAUAAAAUUUACAUAAAUGAUUAACAAAAUCAUUUGUCAUUGCAGUGAUACACAGCUAACUUGAGGUAAAGGGAGGGAGCGUUUAUAUUUUUGAGGAAUAAUGAAUGAAUUAUUUCAAGUUAUUGUGCGUCGUGGUAUUGUUGAGGAGAGAAGAGAUAGUAAAAUCUUUACUAUAUGUAUGCAAAAGCAGUGCCAAUUCACAUAAAAAAUAAAUAUUUUACAGUAAAUUUAACAUGAUAAAACAUGAAAACAAUCAAAUGCAAUAAAGUAAAAAAAGAAAAAAAAAAAGCUUGCUUGAGUCUGUGUUCGGUGCGCUAAGUGAGACGAUAGUGAGGAGAGGAGAGGGAAGAAGGGCUCUGCUUCCCACUGACUUUUCAGCUGGGCUGGGAUGAUUAUUCACACAUUUCUUUCACUUACACUUGAUAUGCCCAAAUCACUUUUGUUACAGUAAAAUACCAAUCUAGUGACAAUUGCGUUUUACGAUUUUUUACCACUGUAAAGUAACUCAGCCCAGUAAUAAACAAAGUAGCGCCACUUUCAGCUUCUGCGUGCCUUCAAUAGUUUGUUUAAACGGCUUCCAUGUGGAAAAUUUUUUAUCUCUUUCCUUUUCUUGCAUUCUUGACUUAUUACUUAUUUGUUUGCAAAAUCCUCAUGUUUGUUUUGAAAGUCUGCCGUUUGCCAACAGUAAGUUGAUGUAUUGUGCCAUAAUUAAUCUCUUUAGUGCACUUACGAUCCAAGUGUAAACACGCUGAUUACUCUCUCUCUCUCUCUCUCUCUCUCUCUCUCUCUCUCUCUCUCUCUCUCUCUCUCUCUCUCUCUCUCUCUCUCUCUCUCUCUGACACACGCUAUCGAUUCCUUUGAUUAUCCUUACACCUAAUAUGUGAAUAAAAUUUAUUUUAUUAUCAACCUUUGCAUACUGCAACCAAUUUGGUUUGCUCAAAGGGUUCAUGUCUCUCCUCCCUCCAUCCCCCAGCUGGCCGGUGCCAUUUUCACCAAACAGUUCAUGAAUCGUACACAGAUAAUAUAUAAUUUAGAAAAUUUGACUUCAUAUAACCUACGGUUUCAUUUUUUUCAUUCUUAAUUUAACUUUUGAACACUAAUAAUAGAAAAAAUGUGAAAAGGGGGACAUUUUAGGUUGGCUGGAAUGAAUUAACCUGAUUCCCUUUAUUUCGUAUGGGGAUAUUUGUUUCAUAUUUAGAGCAAAUCGUACUUCGAACAGCCUUCUGGAACAGAUUAAGUUCGAAGUACGAGUUACUACUGUAUUUUGAAUCCAUCCUUGCUUCCAUGUUAUACAUUUCAUCAUCAAUUGAAUGAAAAUUUUCAACAUGUUAUUUGCUGUCUAGGUUUGCCAGAAUUAACCUCUGAAUUUAUUCUCAUACAGUGAUAAAAACCAAGUUUUAGCUCAGAUACUUGGAGAAAUGGAAUCAAGCCAUGUGUUGCUGCUCUUUUACAAUCUGUCUUAUGCAUUUUACUCUUGCUUUAUUAUAGUUUAUUGUUGAUUUUUCUCUUAAGUUUUGCUGUCUAGAGGAUAUUGCAGGGGAUACAUUCAGUAAAAUCAAUAUAUUACCUUUUAUCAAGUGUGGUUUUAAUUCCACAAUCAGGAGCAUUUACAGUGGAAUGAAUAACUUUUUGCACGUUAUCUUUUACACAUCUGCUACAGGGAGUAUUUUUGUCAUUUCUCUAUUCACAGAUUGUCAAAAAUAUAGGCAUAAUUCAUUUGUAAUUGGUUAGUGUUUAAAAUACCUUUCAACAUUUUUUCAAGAUUUUUAGUUUUAUGUACUACAAAAGAAAUUGCCACCAAUAGAUUGCAUUUAUGUAGAUGUUUAGUUGGUUCAUUAAGAAGGCAUUACUUAAGGAUGAAAUAAGACACUUUUCCUGUGUGUAAAUCUUGGUAUAUUGUUAGCAAUACAUUUAAAAUACCUAAGCUUUACAAGGACUAUUGUCCAUGUCAUCAGUGGGAAUGAAACUAGACAAAAGUUUCUAUAUGAUCAGAUUACUUUUAUCAGGUUCUUACUCAAUCAUCUGACUACUUGACCAUUCUAUUAUUAUUAAUAGGUGUUAGUUUUUCCAGACCUCUGAGUCUCAAGUAGACUCUUCUCGGGCUGGUUACUUGACCAUUCUGCUUUAUUAUGAUUAUGCUGCCCAUAUGCCGCUGAGUGGGGGCUGUUAAUCCAGAUUCUUCAAGGACUCAUAAAAAGUCAAAUACCUGACAUAUGUUGCCCAAUUCCACAAUUAACAGUCCUCAUUGAACAGCAGAUGGACUACAACUAAAAACCUGAAUGGUCAAGGCAUCAGAAGAUCAAGCUGGAAUCUGAUGUAGUAAUAGUACCUCGAUCUUAGCACUUCAAGUUGUACCAAUUCAAAGACACGCAACUUUCAUUGGAACGUAAGUAAUUGGCACAUGCAGUUUUUCCAGACAUGCGACAUUUGGGGAAUCCUCAAGAAAAUCUAAAGAGUGUUUGUGUAUGAUUUUUUAAGUAAUUUACGUUUUCAUGCUUUUAUGUGUAAAUAUGUAUGAAAAAAAAAAAAAUUUUUUUACACGCAUAAAUAUGAUGCAAAGGUAAUUGCAGCAUUUACAGUUAGUGUACUUUUACAAGUUCUGAUAACCAUUCGCAAAGUUAUUGCACUUUUAUGCUUUUCAGUGUAAAGUUGGUAUGGAAAAUUUCUAUUACGUAUUCAUAUUUUUGUACAUAAAUGGGAUACAAAGGUAGUACAGGUUUUCUCUCUCUCUCUCUCUCUCUCUCUCUCUCUCUUCGUAGUUAGUGCUCACACAUAUUUUUACAACUUAUUAUUUCUCUGUAUGUCUACCUGUACAGUACACAGUAAUUUCAAAUUGAUUGAAUUUUACUUGUACCAUCUAUGAACACCGUACGUAUAGUCUUUAUUUUAUUGAAUUGUACCUUCUUUAUGACUGAUGUAUGAAGUUAACCUAGUGAUGUAAAGAAAACUUUUUAUUCUUUGAGUGAAAAAGACAAUGGCAUCCCAUGAAUUAGGGGUAACGUUAGUAUACUUCCAUACCUAUAUAAAUGUGUUAGUAUGGGAAAUACAGUUCCAAUUACGAUACUGUACCCUGUUUUUAUGUCAACCAUUUAUUUCUUUUUUAAGGGUAAUGUAUCAAACUAACUUGUAAGUGAAAUUACAGUACCUUUAAAUUCAUUUAAAACUUAACUUGAUACUUUGGGAGCAUGUUUAGUGAUAUUUAGUGUUUAAACUAGAAAUAAGCAUGUAUUAGCAUUUUUAGCAAUUGUACCAAACUUACACAAAUCCUCACCUUAUGCAAGGGGUUCUGGAACCUAACCUCACAUAAGUUUGAGGUAUUACUGUAUGAUGUCCUCAGAAAUUUUGUUUCAAGCUCUGUGACAAUAAGGACGACAGUAUUUCUCACAAAGUUUAAGGAUUUUUAGUGUGAAUUUUUAACAGUAUAUGAAGAUUUACACACGGAAAGGGUCUUUAUGUUAUCCUAAUCUUCCAAAUACAUAAUUUUUAUGGGUAGCCAGAGCCUGUCAGAUUAGUGUAAGGUAGUUGAAUUCUUCUAUCAUGGUAAAGAUCUUUAUUUUAUUUUAGUAUUGUUCUCAAGAACUUGGUCCUCUGUUGUUUUACAUAAUCACUUUUAUUCAGUGUACACAGGCUUUAACUGAUUCAGUCAAUCCUUUAUCAUGUUCACUCAUAGAAUGUGGGAUUCUCUUGCCUUCAUCUUCGUUACCUGGAUAUUUCAACCUGCACUUUCUCAAAAUGUAGUCAUGCCAUGAAUAAAAGGUAUGAAAUUCAUCAUCAUGGCCUCUGCCAGGGACAAAUUGUUUAGGGUGUAUCUCUACACAAACAAAAUUUUCAACAGAAAAAUUAUCAAAUAAGUUGUACCAUUUAAAACUUCAGUAAUCAUACUCUGGAAUGUGUAAUGUUUCUUUAAUAAGGGUAGAUACACUUAAUAUUUUGUUGGUAAGUAGUAUACUCAUGUAAAGGGUGGUGUUUUCCAUUUACAAUAAGUGUGGGCUUUUCUUCAGGUAGGAGUUAAUGCAGUAUUAUGGCUGUUAAUCAGAUAUGAAUGCAUUUAAUUUUAGUAUUUAUUGAAAUUUGCAUGCUGUGUAAUUUUAUUGAAAGUGAUAGCAUUUUCUUUAUCCAUGGAUGCUGUAGUAAAACAGUAUUUUUAAUUUCCAUUGAAAGAUGAAAAAAUUUAAUGUGUUUAAUGCCAUAUUAUGGCUGUUAAUCAGAUAUGAAUGCAUAUUUCAAUAUUUAUUAAAAUUUGCAUGCUGUGUAAUUUUAUUGAAAGUGAUAGCAUUUUCUGUAUCCAUGGGUGCUGUACUACAACAGUAUUUUUAAUUUCCAUUGAACGAUGAAAAAUUUAACGUGUAUGAAGCCUUUCCUUAGUUGGAAACCAGACUAUCACAAACUUUGGUUCCAUGUGGUCUUGAACUGCUGGAUUGGCAGAUAUGUAAGUUUUCAAAAUUAUUGUUGUUAGCUUGGUUGCUGUGUUUAGAAAAUUUAGUUAAAUGAAAACUAGUUGCACCAGGUUUCAAGAUUUUAAUCAUUUGGCAUGAAUGUUCUCAUGAAGGAACAUAUGAUAUAUCAUCCUAGUCUAAAUGUAAUUAGGAAAUACUAUGUAAAAAAAUUCAGGUAUACUUUCUUGCUGGGUUAAAAAAUUUAUAAAGAAAGCAAAUAUUUCUGCCUUGUUCAACUCGAAAUCUUGUUAUACUGUUAAUGAAUAAAAAUAGUUAUGUUGGAUGUCACAUCACCUAAAGAAUAGAAUUCUACUAACUGGCAUGCUCUGGCAAGUUCUCAUACCAAAGUUGGCCAUCAUUGUUGUGCCUGAUCAGAGCAGAAUAUGUUCCGCAAAACAAAGGGUGAAGUGCAUGCAUAAUUAGGUGGUUAUCCUGGUCCAGCUUCACAAGAUUUAUUAGUAUUCUUCCAUGUUGGUUCCCUCAGAAGGGUAUGACCCCAUCCUGGGUAAACUACUCCGAUUUCAGUCUCAUUUAUAUAUUAUUAUUUUGUUUUGUGGGAGAUUGCUGCAAGUUGGCAACAUUUUAGGCUAUAGCUUUUUUUUUUUUUAAAGAAAUUAUAACUAUAUCUAUUGAUAUAGAACCAUCAAAGGUAAUGACUGUUGCAAGGAAUAUCCUCUUCCAACAAGCACAGUGAGAAAGGUAUAGCUUGGCUUGUAGUAUAAUUAAUAAUGUCUCAAGAUUUUGAGUCCAGUUAUACACUUCAUGUCUCUUUAUGGAGUACUGUACAUAGAUUUUCACUUGAGCUUAUCUUUUGUCAAUCUAGAAGGGAAAUUGAUGACAAUAUCCAUUUUGUGGUAAAGGUAACAGAAUUGUAAGGGAAGGCAGCUUAAUAUCCAUUCACUGGCAGUUUAUGUAGUUUUACCUGUGGUUUGGUUUAAAUUGAUUUUAUGUGCAACCAUGAGAAAUUAAUUUGAUUUGCAUUUGAUGUAAUACUGAAUGGUAGAAGGAUUUCUUUCCCAUGUGAAAAAUGUUUAUCCAAUUUUCUUAUUGGAAAUAUUUUUCCCAGUAAUAAUGGCAAAUAUUUUUUCUUAUGAUAAGCUGUAAGUUUUUAAGUUUUUUUUUUUUUGCUUGCUUGCUUGCUUUACUUUUUGAAAAUUUUUGCUACUCUCUCUGAUGUAUACUUAUACAGUAUAUGUGCAAAUUGUUCUGACUAAAAUGAUCACUUUCUUUUAUGUUGGAAAUUGUUAAAACAGAGGUGCCUACUAUCCAGUAGUAUGCAUUCAAUGCCUUGAUCUACAUGUAAUUUUGGACUUGUCAGCAUAGGAGACUCUUGUGAUGUGUGAACCACAGGGACUACAUGUUGGUUAGACUGCUGUCUCAGCUUGUAAAUAUUUAUUUAACUAGGUUUGAGGAGCAAUUUGAAAUUUACACCUGACAGUCCCAAAGUAUAUUGUAUAUUUCUUUCUCCGAGGAAAUUAGCAGAUGGCAUGACAUUUAUUUAGCUUCUCUGUACAAAAUGUUAAUAUAAAUUUUAUAUCUGGUAUGUAGUGUGAAAAAUCAUAUUUUAUUAAGUCCCAGAAUGUACCUGAACUACCCCAUUUAUAAUAGUUUAAUACAACACACGAA